GUUUGAAUAGUAAGAUUCAGCGCCAAAUAAAUUAUUUUGGUUAGUAUUUUAUAUAAAUUCAAAUAUUAAAUUAUAAAAUGAGCGCCAAAUAAAACCCUAAUUCUAAUUUCAGAGACCCCUCUACAGAGUCACAGUUGGGCGCCCGCCGCCCCGCUCGCCGGAGAAGAUGAAGUUCAAGGCGUACCUGACGGACGACGGAAUCAACCUCCUGACGCACCGAAUCCUCUCCGCUCUCGAGAAAAUCGGUAAGAUCUGUCACCUCUACCUCAACCGCCACCACCUAUUCUUCCUCCACAACCUCCUCUCCCCCGACGGCCUCCACUCCGUCGCGCAAUUCAACCACCGCUCACUCUUCCACGACUACCGCAUCACCAGCCAGAACGACGACCGCAUCGCCUUCUCCAUCGACCUCUCCCUCCUCCACCGCGCCCUCCGCUCCAUCCUCGCCAUCUACAACAACUCCAGAGACAUCAACUCCCACGGCGUUCAAAUCAAACUCGUCAAAAAAUCCCCUCCGCACAACAACCACCCCACGCCUUACCUCACCUUCGAAGCCAACGGCUACACCUCCGCCGUCGUCCAGGACGUUCCGAUCUCUAAACCUCUCUCCCGCACCGACGUCCACGACCUCCAAAUCGCCGUGGAGAACUCUCAGGAUAUGCCGGCGACGCUAGUCAAAUCGCCGGAGCUGAUUUCGCUGCAAAACCUAGUCGACCGAAUGAAGCACGUCGGCGACGUAAUCGAGGUUUCGAUUACGAAAUACGGAGAUCUGAAUCUAUACAUUUCGACUAGCUUGGUCACGUUGGGGACUGAAUUUGAGAAUCUGGUGAUUCUCGGAGAGAGAGUUGAUAAGGCGGCGGCGGCCAUGGGAGAGGAGAGGUUGAGAGGGAAGAAUAGGAUUGAAAGGGCGGUGGAGAGAGGAGACGCCAUGAGCGUGCAGGUGAAUGUGAAGCAUUUAGUUAAGUGCCUGGAGUACAGCUGUUUGGCCAAACCUGAUUCUGCGUUCUUCGGAAUUGGUCGGCAUGGAUCUUGCUUGGUUGUGAUUUUUGAGUUCUUCGUUCCCGGCACGAGGCAGACUGAUAAAUCUAUCAGUCUCCAUUGUAGGCUGCCUGUGCUUGAUCCAGGCUCCAAUUGAAGGCCAUGGCGGAGUUUGCUUUGCAGCCAUGGUUUGCUUAUUUGGUUACCCUUGUUCAUACAUUUUAAAUUUGGGUUUGUUUGAAUAUUUUACUGGAUUUUUAUUAUUUGGAGAAAAUAUCAAAUUAAAUACUUCAUCCGUUCAAAAUAAU